UACGUGUGAAAUCUGUGAAUGAUCACAGAGGUCACAUGGUACAAGGCUAUUCACAAAAGCCUUGUACCAUGUGACAAGCUGUGACCAAUCACAGCUCACUCAGUACUUCUCAAUGAUAGCAGAAAUGCAUGGGUGCGCAAAAUCAUGUGUAUAUACGUGAUUUUGCAGUACCAGGUAGGGGGCGCUGCGCCACCAUUCACGGCCAUGGCUGGCAAUCACCGGGUCCCAGCUGGUUAUUUCCCGCUGUCAUUGAUAGGAUUGGUGUCAUGUCAUGAUUGAUUGGAUGUCAGUGACACCAAGCCAGUUCCCCCCAGUGUC